UUCUAUUUUUCUUUCUUUUUCUUUUUUCUUAGUGUGAACUGAAGGAGGGGUUAAAUCACUGCCUCCCUUUCCCUUAUGGAACUGAAACUCUUUCUUUAAAUGUUCCCUAAUACAUACAUCAAUAACAGCCUUUUUUGUUUCUGAAUGCCUGCAAGGAAAAUGAUCUAAAACAAACGCGCAUGAGGGUUAGAGGUGGGGGUAAAAGCGCUCUUUCAUCUCAUUACAGUAUGGUUAGAAGAGUUGUCCAUGAUAUGGAGCAAAUUUUCCUAUUUAAAGGGAAUUUUAUUCCCUUUAUAAGAAAUGUUUACAUACGCAUAAAAUAAGAAAACAUGUAUUAUAAGAAGACGUCUUGUUAGAGGCUGUUCUGGGGCUAGAUACUUGCUUUGUUCUGUUCUGUAUAAUUAAGCAUUUGACUACAUUAUAAACUGGAUGCUGCAUCUCAGUUGACUUUCCUAACGCAAAUCUGAGGAUCAGUUUUGUUCUGUUCAGUAAUCGGAUGAGUAUUUUAUAUAAAAAGGAAUUCCUCCAGCAGGGGGGGUUGAGGUGCUUACUGUACUCUGAAAAUCUCCCGUGACUGUGACUUUGUUAGGCAACUUCCCCAGGAUUCUGACAGACCUACCUUCAGUUUUAUUCUCCUUGAUUUGGGGCAGGAAUCUGUUCCAAAAUGAGUGGCCCGGUCACAAGAUUGUGGGCCGUUCUGGCAUAAAUCAGAUUUACAGUGGGAUUCUUAAGUAAAUACCCUUCUUUUGAGAUAUUUCUAUAUAUUAUUCGGUGGUUCUGUGAAUAGCUCUGAGGUGAUAAAAUUUUACUGUUCACAAAACAUUUUCUGUGUAUUUUUAUGGCAGUGGAAUCUGUGGAUAAGAAGGCGGCUGCGUAGGUAGAAGGGAAUGACAGUUUGAAGGAGAAGUUUUGUGUUGGGGUGUGAGGGCUGUAGGUGACUAAUAAAUGUGUGGAGCAAAAGAGCUGUAUAUGGAAAAACAUCUUUGUGUGUGGAAGGAGGCUGAAUCUGUGCAUGUGUGAACACAUCCGUGUAGGAUAAGUGCAAUAUUUGAGUUGGGAUCCAGUCUGUGAUAACUGGACAACAUCUGCCACACGAUUUGUCAAAGCUGCUUAAUAAUCUGCCUAGAAACUAACGCUGCGUGCGUUUGUAAUGCUUUGCAGCCCGGAAUGAUUCACCCAUUCUGUAUCAUAUCUCACAAAGUAACUGAUGUAACAUGAAGAAAAUCCAAAACUUGGGGAACUUGAAGAGCAAAGAGUUUUAACUCGCUUGUGUUGUAAAUUGUCAGGGUGUUUGACAGACAGUUUGCCUUGGUGGGGUGUGCUACAGAGGGUUUUUUCAGGAAAAAAAGGGAAAAGCUCUACGCUUCGCUUACAAAUAUUGUGAUUCUUCCACAUUAUAGUAAUCACAAGAGAACUGUCCUGUUACUGUUGGGUUUAAGGUCCUGUGAUACCAGUGGGGCAGUCAAACUGCUUAGUGGAUUUGGGUAAUUGACUGCCUUGUUAAUAGAGUGGUUGGAGAAUGCAAACGCAGUACACGCUUACAGUCUGGUAAAUCACUGAAUUUCGAACUUGUUGAUAAAUUAUGUCUCUUUUUUUUUUCUUUUCCUCCCUUUCUAAGAUAUUACGCGUAUCUUCAGCAAGCUCAAGCUUUUUACACGUUCCCGUUCCCUCAAAUGCUGACCGCGGCGCCCACCAUGGAGGUGCUGAGUGAGCAGCCCACUCUGGAGGGCGUCCCGGAGCCAAACAUUGCCCAGGAGCCUCCCAAAGAAGUUAAAAAAGGAGGAAGGAAAAGAAAAGCCAAAGCAACUGAGCCAAAGCCACCUAAAAAGCCUGCUGCUAAGAAAGAAAAAGCUGCCAAGUCAAAAGGCAAACAAGAAAAGAUCACAGAUACUUUUAAAGUCAAAAGAAAAGUGGACCGUUUUAAUGGCGUGUCUGAAGCGGAACUUCUGACCAAGACUUUACCUGAUAUUUUAACCUUUGAUCUGGACAUUGUAAUAAUUGGCAUAAACCCUGGCUUGAUGGCAGCUUACAAGGGACAUCAUUACCCUGGACCUGGAAACCAUUUUUGGAAGUGCCUGUUCAUGUCUGGUCUAAGUAAUGAACAGCUGAACCAUAUGGAUGAUCACACCUUGCCACAUAAAUACGGGAUUGGAUUUACAAACAUGGUUGAAAGGACAACACCUGGAAGCAAAGACCUCUCCAGCAAAGAGUUUCGGGAAGGAGGGCGAAUUCUGAUGCAGAAGUUACAAAAGUACAAACCUCGUAUAGCAGCUUUCAAUGGAAAAUGUAUUUAUGAAAUUUUUAGUAAAGAAGUUUUUGGAAUAAAAGUUAAGAACUUGGAAUUUGGACUGCAGCCACACAAGGUGCCAGAUACAGAAACUCUCUGCUACGUUAUGCCAUCAUCCAGUGCGAGAUGUGCUCAGUUUCCUCGUGCACAAGAUAAAGUUCAUUAUUACAUAAAGCUGAAAGACUUAAGGGAUCAACUGAAAGGCAUUGCACCGAACACAGAGGUGCAGGAGGUGCAGUACACAUUUGACUUGCAACUUGCACAAGAGGAUGCUAAAAAGAUGGCUGUCAAAGAAGAAAAAUACGAUCCAGGUUAUGAAGCGGCGUAUGGAGGAGCUUACUGUGAUCCUGCACCGUAUGAAAGCGAACAGUGCAAUUUCUCUUCAAAUGGAAAUGCAUCGAGCACUCCCCAAUACUGUGAGGGGUCGUCCUUCGGUGACGUUCCUAACGGACAGUGGAUGACACAGCCCUUUGCAGAGCAGAUCCCAGAGUUCAGUGCUGGCGUGAGACGGGAAGAGGAGGGGAGCAGCGCGUAGGAGCUGUUUCUUCUCGGCUUUGCACACGUGCUGCAGUUUUAAUGCAGCCAGCAAGAUUGGUACCUCGGUUCUCCAACUGAAGCAUUUUAAUAGUAUUUUAUCUCCCCUAGUUAUUUUAUUAUAGUCUGAAGUAAGUGUGUGGUAGGCUCUAAUCAACGAACUAGAUAAUUUUAAGGAACUGUCCAAACUUUUUAAAAAAAAGUUAGCCCUUUUUUGUAUAUGAGUUUUAUAUUUAAUGUAUACCAUUUCUUGCAGUUUUUGACAAGUUGCUUUCUCACUUGUGAAGAUUUCUUUGGGGCGUUAAUUUUAUUCCAUAAAUCAUAAUGUAGUAGUAAUGGCAGCAGUAUACUUCUUACUGAUGCCUCAAUAUUUGGGUAUCUCAUAAUCCUUUUAUAUCCAAGGGGGAAAAUGGGACGUGUACCCUUAUCUUACAUGAAAUGGUGUUUUUAAUCAUGCACAGUUAAGCAAACUGUGCUUUUUAAGUCUGCCUUUUACCUUCUUUGAAAGUGCAGAAAGUUGUGUUCUGCAGCUGUGAGUACUGAGUAUUUCCUGGGUGGGAAGAGAGAGCUCUGUCUGUUUAGUGAUUGGACCAUAUUCAGGAUUAAGGGAGUGGAGGCAUCAUCUCAAGUCACACCACUGGGGAGGAAAACUUGUGUUGCACAGGACAGGGCCUAAAUAUUCUAGCUGAGCUGUCUUAGGGUAAGGUGUCCCUACCACUCCAUCUCUUUCCCCUUUAAAUUCCAAUGUAAUGAACUGGAAUUCCUUUAAAAAAAAAUAAAAACAACAACAGUGGUUCUUGAAUUCUGUGGCAUUUACACUGUCGGUCAUGGUGUGAUUAAUCUCCUCACCUGACCUUUAGCAGGAGACAACCCCUUUGAACAGAUUACAUUGCAGGGAAUUGAAAGAGCACAUUCCCUGUAAAAACCACGUACGGCUACAUUGUUUACAUCAGGUGUGAUUAGUACAGGGUGAAAGAGGUUUGCUUCAGUUCUCUUCAAUCUGUAGGACCUUAGAGAGUGUUCUCCUUAUUCCUCUUAUAAGUGAAAAAUGCUAAACUAAGGGCAACUGUUCCAUGAAUAAGAAGUCAGCUGUAAAAACUACAGCUGUCAUCAUAGGAACUUGCUUGAAUAAUACAUGGUUUUGGCCAAUAUUAGUGACUGAGAAAGAAAUGAGAUUCCAUGCUUGUGCCUAACUAUCAUCUUCUUUCCCUCUUUCAUGUGAAGAAGAGAUGAAGUAAAAGCAAUAAGUUGAUCAAAACACUGAAGUUUUGAUGAUCUUAUGACAGUAGGUGCUUUCAAGGUGCUACUUGAAAACCAGAUACAAACAGUAUCUCCACACUGGUCAGAGAUUCCUGUACCGGUGUCUUUUAUUCCUUUCCUCACAGCCAGUGACAGUUGUCAUGCAUUGAGUGUAACUAGUUAGUGGAGAUUCUAAUCCUGCUGUAACAGCUCUCACUGAGAUCACACUGUCAACCUGUUGUGAGGCAGGCAUGAUGUUUACAGUUUUCUUCCCAAAUUACGUGGCUUAAUUCUGAGCGUCUUAAAUCAAGGAGGUGUGCAUUAUGAUUCCGAUUGUGUUCAUUAGCUUCAGCAUAAAGCUGUUCAGUAUAUUGUCAAAAAGGUAUAGGACUUGUCUUGUCUGUUAUUUAAAGUGUACUGUAUCAUGUAUUGCUGUUUACAUGGACGUUUUCCUGCAGGUGCUCAAAGUAUCUUGCAUCAGGGAUUUGUUACAAUUCCAUUUUAUUUUCAACAAAAUUAGAAGCAUGUAAUUAGCACUGCUGAGUAUGUAGCACAGUAGGAUAUAACUACUGUAAGGCUCUCCUGUUUGAUUGGAAGGGAAAGGUCUCUUCUUUAACGGGGUCACCUACUAGGGUAUCUAGGUAUAAAAUACAGUUAAGUGUACAAUGACCGUUUCACUAAAUAUUGCAAUUCUAUGUGUACUCCCUCAGAACUGGUGCUCUUUUCAUGACAGUAAUACAGAAGUUCUUAAUCUGUCUUAAAUCUAUCAAUGUUUCACAAUAAAAUCAGGAACUGUA